AUGAACCCCUGGCAGCCCCUGCUCCUGGUGCUCCUGGCUCUAGGCUACAGCUUUGCUGCCCCUCACCAGCGCCAGCCGACUUAUGUGGUCUUCCCCCGAGACCUGAAAACCUCCAACCUCACGGACACACAGCUGGCAGAGGAUUACCUGUACCGCUAUGGUUACACUCGGGCAGCCCAGAUGAUGGGAGAGAAGCAGUCCCUGCGGCCCGCUUUGCUGAUGCUUCAGAAGCAGCUGUCCCUGCCCCAGACUGGUGAGCUGGACAGCGAGACACUAAAGGCCAUUCGUUCACCGCGCUGUGGUGUCCCAGACGUGGGCAAAUUCCAAACCUUCGAAGGCGACCUCAAGUGGCACCAUCAUAACAUCACCUAUUGGAUCCAAAGCUACACCGAAGACUUGCCGCGAGACGUGAUCGAUGACUCCUUCGCGCGCGCCUUCGCGGUGUGGAGCGCGGUGACACCGCUCACCUUCACCCGCGUGUACGGGCUCGAAGCAGACAUUGUCAUCCAGUUUGGUGUCGCGGAGCACGGGGACGGGUAUCCCUUCGACGGCAAGGAUGGUCUACUGGCACACGCCUUUCCCCCUGGCCCCGGCAUUCAGGGAGAUGCCCACUUCGACGACGACGAGUUGUGGUCGCUGGGCAAAGGCGCCGUGGUCCCCACUUACUUUGGAAACGCAAAUGGUGCCCCAUGUCACUUUCCCUUCACCUUCGAGGGACGCUCCUAUUUGUCCUGCACCACGGAUGGCCGCAACGACGGCAAGCCUUGGUGUGGCACGACAGCUGACUACGACACAGACAGAAAAUAUGGUUUCUGCCCCAGUGAGAAUCUCUACACGGAGCAUGGCAACGGAGACGGCAAACCCUGCGUAUUUCCAUUCAUCUUCGAGGGCCACUCCUACUCUGCCUGCACCACUAAAGGUCGCUCGGAUGGUUAUCGCUGGUGCGCCACCACCGCCAACUAUGACCAGGAUAAGCUGUAUGGCUUCUGUCCUACUCGAGCCGACGUCACUGUAACUGGGGGCAACUCGGCAGGAGAGAUGUGCGUCUUCCCCUUCGUCUUCCUGGGCAAGCAGUACUCUACCUGUACCGGCGAGGGCCGCAGUGAUGGGCGCCUCUGGUGCGCGACGACGUCGAACUUCGACGCUGACAAGAAGUGGGGUUUCUGUCCAGACCAAGGGUACAGCCUGUUUCUGGUGGCAGCGCACGAGUUCGGCCAUGCGCUGGGCUUAGAUCAUUCUUCAGUGCCGGAAGCGCUCAUGUACCCCAUGUAUCACUACCACGAGGACUCCCCUCUGCAUGAAGACGACAUAAAAGGCAUCCAGCAUCUGUAUGGUCGUGGCUCUAAACCUGACCCAAGGCCUCCAGCCACCACCGCAGCUGAACCACAGCCGACAGCUCCUCCCACUAUGUGUCCCACUGCACCUCCCAUGGCCUAUCCCACAGGGGGCCCCACAGUCGCCCCUACAGGCGCCCCCUCACCUGGCCCCACAGGUCCCCCUACUGCUGGUCCUUCUGAGGCCCCUACAGAGUCUUCGACUCCAGUAGACAAUCCUUGCAAUGUGGAUGUUUUUGAUGCCAUUGCUGAUAUCCAGGGCGCUCUGCAUUUCUUCAAGGACGGUCGGUAUUGGAAGUUCUCGAAUCACGGAGGAAGCCAAUUGCAGGGCCCCUUUCUUAUUGCCCGCACGUGGCCAGCUUUGCCUGCAAAGUUGAACUCAGCCUUUGAGGAUCCGCAGUCCAAGAAGAUUUUCUUCUUCUCUGGGCGCAAAAUGUGGGUGUACACAGGCCAGUCGGUGCUGGGCCCCAGGAGUCUGGAUAAGUUGGGUCUAGGCUCAGAGGUAACCCUGGUCACCGGACUUCUCCCGCGUCGUGGAGGGAAGGCUCUGCUGAUCAGCCGGGAACGUAUCUGGAAAUUCGACUUGAAGUCUCAGAAGGUGGAUCCCCAGAGCGUUACUCGCUUGGAUAACGAGUUCUCUGGCGUGCCCUGGAACUCACACAACGUCUUUCACUACCAAGACAAGGCCUAUUUCUGCCAUGACAAAUACUUCUGGCGUGUGAGUUUCCACAACCGGGUGAACCAGGUGGACCACGUGGCCUACGUGACCUAUGACCUCCUGCAGUGCCCUUGAACUAAGGCUCCUCUUUUGCUUCAGCGGUGCAGCGCAAGCCUCUAGAGACCACCCCUGAGGGGGAGGAGCUAGUUUGCCGGAUACAAACUGGUGAUCUCUUCUAGAGACUAGGAAGGAGUGGAGGCGGGCAGGGCCCUCUCUGCACGCUGUCCUUUCUUGUUGGACUGUUUCUAAUAAACACGGAUCCCCCAACCUUUACCAGCUACUCGAACCAAUCAGCUUGUCUGUAGUUGUAUACACAUCCAAGCCUGUGGUUGGUCAGAAGACAACUUUGUAGGGUCGGUUCUGACCUUUUGUUUUUAUGGGGCAUCUGGGGAUUGAACUCAGCUGGCUUUUGUGACAAGUACUUCACCCGCUGCACCACCUUACCGGCCCUUUUAUUUAUUAUGUAUGUGGUCAUGUUCACACACAUGUAUUUAACCUAUAGAAUGCUUACUGUGCGUCGGGCGCUGCUCCAACUGCUGUAUAAAUAUUAAGGUAUUCAGUUACUCCUACUGGAAGGUAUUAUGUAACCAUUUCUCUCUUACAUCGGAGGACACCACCGAGCUAUCCACUCAUCAAACAUUUAUUGUGAGCAUCCCUAGGGAGCCAGGCUCUCUACUGGGCAUUAGGGACAGAGGAAUUUAUUGGAUGUUGGUUCUUCCUUCAAGAAUCGCUCAGGGAUUCUCAGUGUCCUCAAAACAUGCUGAAACCGGACCCCAGACUCCACUCUGGAGAAUCCAACCCACUCACAGGGGAAACAGCCCGUUUAAAGUGCAUGUGUGCUAGAGAGGUAGGGUAGCCGAGAUGAUCCCUCAGUUGGAAGGAUAACCAAGUAUCUUCCUCGGACACUCUUUUUUAAAUAAAUGAAUAAAUGAA